AUGAAGUUUUCCACUGAUGCUGAGAAGCAAACGUUUGACAAAUUGGUCAAAAACCUGCCUGGCAUAGUCAAGGACAAGUGCGAUGGGUACGAUGAGCUUUACGGUUAUAAACUCGUUAGCGAGGGUGCAGGGUCCGAAUUUUACAACAAGGAUGUUGCUGAUGCGUUGGUGUUCAAGCUUUGCAAAGCGUACCAAUUCCAAUACGAGGACAUUAUGCAACACUUGAUCCAUAUCUUGAAAUGGAGGAAAGAGUUCAAUCCAUUGAGCAGUGCCUUCCAAGAGGUUCACGACAAAGAUUUGCAAGAGAUUGGGUUCCUUACAUUUUUGAAGGAGAACGACCCGAACACGAGGGCGAUUACGUGGAAUCUUUACGGUGAGCUGUUGAAGAAGAAGGAACUGCUCAACGACCUCGACAAGUUCAUCCGGUACCGUAUCGGGCUGAUGGAGCGUGGUUUGAGGUUAGUAGAUUUCACUGACGAGUCCGACAACUACAUGACCCAAGUGCACGACUAUAAAGGCGUAUCCCUGUGGCGUAUGGACCCGAAGAUGAAGGCGUGCGUGAAGCAGGUUAUCAGCAUCUUCCAAGAGAGCUACCCUGAACUGCUCUACGCCAAAUAUUUCGUAAACGUUCCAACGGUCCUUGGGUGGGUCUACGACGUGAUCAAGAAGUUUGUGGACCCUGAGACACGUAAGAAAUUCGUCGUGCUGACAGACGGCAACAAACUCGGGCAGUACCUCGCCGGUGCGCCCAGCAAACAAUACGGUGGGAAAAACAAGAAAACUUUGGCCGAACUGAACAUGACGGAUAUCAGACCCACCGACUACGGCCUGUUCAUGUUGGAGCAAUUAGCCAACGUGGACUUGGAUUAG